GAGCGCGCGGCUCCGUCGCAAACCGACGUUUUAACUUUUUAAUUAUUUAUUUAAUUAUUACAACAAAAUGUUCCGAGUAUUAUUUCAUCUGACAGUUGUGACGAUUAAUUCGUUCGUGCUGUGGUAUGAUCAGACUUAUAUAGUACUUCCUUUGCCGGUUAAAGAAAUGGAAACAUUACCACUGAAGUCGAGGAGUAUGUUUCUUACUAUUUGGUGUUUAAUAUUGCAAACGGUUUAUCACUUCAUUGCAUUACUGAACGACAUCUUCGGAUCGAACGCGAAAACGCCAAAGAAACCUCCUAUUAUACGACAAAUUAAAGACACACUGUUCUCCCUAGCAUUUGCAACGGCGAUUUACGUGUCAAUCGCAUUUUGGAGCAUAUACGCCAUAGACAAGGAGCUUAUUUUUCCGGAACAUAUCGAAAAACUAUAUCAUCCCAGUUUUAAUCAUGUUUUACACACAACCGUGUCUGUAUUUAUAAUAAUAGAGCUGUUGACAUCGUACAGAAAUUAUCCAUCGCGGAAAAUUGGUUUCUCUGUAAUGCUUACAUUUUUUAUUUCCUACAUAGUUUGGUUCUUUACGAUUUACGCAAAAACUGGGGCGUGGGUCUAUCCAGUGUUUAAACUCUUCAACUGGCCUCUGAGGGUUGUAUUUAUAGUUCUGAGUAUAAGUACAGCCGCAUUAUUAUAUAUGUUUGGGGAAAAAUUGAACAAUUUCCUGUAUUCCCAUAAAAAGGAAUCCUAUUCUGUUGGAAUUCAAAACGGCACGUCUCAAGGCAAAAAGAAGAGAACAUAAACAAAUAAAAAAU